AUGCCUCGUAUUUUACACACUAUGCUCCGUGUGGGUAAUUUAGAAAAAUCUUUACAAUUUUAUAUUGAUGUUUUGGGAAUGAAAUUGUUGAGAAAGAGUGAAAAUGUUGAAUAUAAAUAUACAUUAGCAUUUGUUGGAUACACUAAUGAGGAUGAGAAUGCAGUAAUCGAGUUAACAUAUAAUUGGGGUGUUGAAAAAUACGAAUUAGGAACUGCCUUUGGUCACAUAGCAAUUGGAGUUGAUGAUGUAUAUGAAACUGUUGAAAGAAUUAGAAAGAGCGGAGGUAAAGUUGCAAGAGAAGCUGCUCCAGUUUUAGGUGGAACAACUGUCAUCGCUUUUGUUGAGGAUCCAGACAACUAUAAAAUCGAAUUGAUUCAAGAUGACCAAGCCACUCAAGGUCUUGGCAAAUAA